UUCCCCUCAAUCCUCACCGCAUUUUUUUUCCCUCCCUCUCUCUCUCUCCAUCUCUCUCCGCCGGUCAACGUCGAACCCUGUCCUGCCUUGCCCUACCUCGACCCCCUUCCCCUACACCCACCCCCCCUCAAUCCAAUCCUUUCCCUCCUCCGUACCCUCUCUUAAUUUCUACGCGACCCCGGACCCAAGUCCCGCCCAGCCUAACAUCGCCACACGCGCCACCUACACGCUGCUACGCGCGAUGGCCGACCGUGCCCACUACCGCGGCGGCCGUGGAGGCGGCGGACAUCCCCGCGGACCGCGCGGCGGACGAGGCGGCGGAAGGGAAGGCGGCCACGGAGCUGACUCGGGCCCAGGCGGCGGAGCCCAUGGACAGGAGCGGGAGCGCCCCAAGAAGGAGAACAUCCUCAACCUAAGCAAAUACGUAGACAAGAAGAUCACAGUCAAGUUCAACGGUGGCCGGGAGGUCACCGGCACGCUAAAAGGCUACGACGCGUUGAUGAACCUGGUCCUCGACGACGUCGAAGAGGUCAUGCGAGACGACGAAGGGAAGGAAGCCGCGCGGGCGCUCGGCCUCGUCGUCGUCCGGGGCACGCUCCUGGUGGUGAUCAGCCCCGUCAACGGGAGCGAGGAGAUCGAGAACCCCUUCGCGCAGCAGAGCGAGGAUUGAGCGCGCCCCCCCUCUCCCCGGUGAGUUUCCGCUCGCGCGCCCGACGACGCUGCUCUCGCACGGGGCGGGAUCCGUCUGCUGCUGCUGGCAGGUGGGUU